AAUGUCUUAAAGUGAUAUAUAACGUUAUGCUUUUAAUAAAAAUAAAUGUUGCGUUUCUUUUUUAAGUAUCGAGUAUUUCGAAUAAAUUUCCAUUCAUCUUGAAAAUAUUUAAUAAACAUCAUGGCUGCAACUUUAAUUGCAUUAGGUGUCUCCACAUUUUACAUAAUACUUACGAGUCUCAUAGCCUAUUGGGCAAGAAGAUAUGUGGAUUAUUAUAUACGGGACCCGUUUGUAAAGUCCUUAUUCCUGGAAGGCAUCGCCACUGCUGAACUUUGCGGGGCAUGCUUCGAACUUAUAAUAAUCGCGGAUAAUUGGGGUGUCUCCAUGUACGGUCUAUUUUUGUUCGCACUGACGAUUUGGUGGUCCAUGAAUUGGGAUGACGCAAGUGCCUGUCCCUAUACCCACAUCGAGGAGGUCGUCGAGGGGAAGAAAUCGCUGCGCGACGCUUUCCUAUUAAUCUGGGCUGAGCUUGUCGGCGGUCUUGCCAUUUUUAGAUACGUGCAAUUACUCUGGGCCCUGGAAAUUGUUUCGACGCACAAAAACAAAGCAUUCGAGGACUGCACCACUGAUUUGCAAGUGCCUGUAAUAUUCGGAGCAUUCAUCGAAUGUGUAGCAACUUGCGUAUACAGGGUCGUAUCGCACGCUUUGAACGAUAUAAACCCGAAGUUCAGCAUUAUUAUUGACUCUUUUAUUGGAACAAGUUUGGUUAUCGCAGCGUUUGAUUAUUCUGGCGGCUACUUUAAUCCAGCGCUGGCCACCGGUUUGAAAUACGGAUGUUUGGGGACCAGUUUUAUGGAGCACGUGAUCGUCUAUUGGGUCGGAGCAUGUGCCGGGUCCAUUGUGUCUUUACGAGUUUAUAGGCUGCCGUCUAUUCAAAGCUUCGUGCAACGACAUAAGGAGAAAACGCUUUAAGCACCAGACACCCUUCUUUAUUUUGCCGCGAGUUUCACAGUUUGCGUUAUUACGCUUUUUUUUCCUUUUUCGUCCUUUAUCCAACUUGUAACUGCGUGUCUCUCUCUCCACGGAUGUUUUCUCCCCCACCGAUCAGAUUAUUACGAAACAUUGUUUCUUCGCACAACCGGGUUUCGAAGUCCUCGCCGAUUCGCGUUGCACGCUCGCGAACGGUUGAAUGCUCGCACGAAGGCACAGUGCGAUAGUCAUAGUACAAGACCUUGUGUUCGAAAUGAAUAAAAGUGUACAUAAUGUAUCAUAAUUGUACAUAGAAAUAAAUCAUUUUUAAGCAACUCCA